AUGGGUACCCGCACCACCCUACUCCUCCUCGACGUGCAAAAUGGCACAGUCGACCCACUCCAAUGUCCCGAGUCAUACCUUGAAGGCUUGACCUCAGUCCUCGCUGCAGCACGCAGCCACAACCUAAAUGUCGUCCACGUUAUCACAGCCUUCCGAAAUGGCUACCCGGAGAACAUUUCGACCAAUUCCUCCGUCCCCGGCGUUGCAGCGCGUGGUCUCUUCAAAGAAGGCGACCACUCCGUGCAAGUUCAUGCUUCUGUCACUCCAACCCCUACCGAGCCGAUUAUCACUAAGCGCCGCGUCUCUGCUUUCUUUGGUACAGAGCUCGACAUGAUUCUCCGAUGCGCGAAUUCUAAUCAUGUUGUUGUUGCGGGACUUAUCACCAGCGGCGCUGUUUUGUCUACUGUUCGACAGGCAGCUGAUCUCGAUUACCGUGUUACUAUCUUGCGGGAUAUGUGUAUGGAUCGGGAUGAGGAGGUGCACCGUGUUUUGAUGGACAAGGUUUUCCACAGGAAGCAUUCGGUUGUUGAUGCCGAGGUGUGGGUCAGGCAGUUGGGGAUUAAGGCUUCGAAUGCUUAA